AUGACGGGCCGCCAGAAGAGCGCGGCGAGCGCCCAGCUCAUGGAGCACAUGUCCAUCUUCGCGGAGCAGAGCUCGAUCAAGGCGCUGCUCCAGGAGUACAUGAAGCGCGUCGUGCUGACCAAGCCCGACGACCCCGUCGCGUUCCUGAUCAAGGAGAUCAAGGAGAACCCGCACGUGCCCGAGGGCAAGACCCUCGAGCCGGACAUGCGCUCCGCCAAGGAGCAGGAGUCCUGCCUCGACGUCCGCGCGCUCAACACGAAGAAGAAGCUCCUCCGGGGCAUCUUCGACGCGCACAAGAAGGACGACACGGUCAACCGCGGCGAGCUCCUCGUCGCGCUGUCGGAGAACCCGACGAUCUUGCUCGAGGCGUUCCCGAGGCACGCGACGGACCUGCCGCGCUGCAUCGAGCUCAUGGACGCGCCGCGGUCCGGCGAGAUCACGUGGAAGGUCUAUGGCCUCUUCGACCUGCUCGAGGCGGCGGCCAUCGACACGCUCACGCACGAGGAGCUGCGCGAGGCCCUGGACCUCGCCACCGAGGACGAAGACGACGACGCCGCCCUGCGCUGGGCCUCGGAGCCCGGCGUCGUCGUCGUGGACGGCCGCGACCGCAAGGACUACGAGGCGAGCCACGUCCCGGGCGCGAUCUCGAUGCCCUACUUCGACUUGUACUUCGAGUGGCGCAGCGCGAAAUACGUCGCGCUCGCGCAGCGCGUCGUCGCCUCGGGCCGCCACGUCGUCUGCUACGCGAACACGGGCGGCACGGAGGGCAUGGGCGCGGGCCGCUGCAUGCGGCUCUGCAACUUCUUCUACGAGUGCUGGAAGGUGCCCGUGGACCGCAUGCACCGGUUGCGGGACGGCUACGCCGACUGGAAGAAGCGGGGCUUCCCCGUGUCGACGGUGGAUUCCGACGAAGUUACCCAGCCGCCGCGCUACGUCGCCGCGCCCCGCGAGGAGGAGGACGACGACGACGGCGCGUCCGUCGCGACGACGGCGACGACGGUCCGCGCGGGCGCCGCGCUCGACUCGGCGCUCGUCGCCGAGCGCUUCCUCCGCGUCGCGGCCCUCGACGCGGGCGAGGCGCGAGUGCACGUCGCGGGGCCCUGGGGCGACGGCUGGGUCUCGGCGAAGUGCCUCCACGGGCCGCUCGCGCUCGGCGCCGCGGAGCCGCCGCCAGCGGGGUAA